AAAUUUGUUCGUGCGUAUUGAACUGUAAGUCCACGGCGCGCGUAUUUUCAAAGAUAAUUUGCGCAUGCGAGCUUUUAUCGAAAAAAUUUCAUUUGUUUUGGAUUAAAAAUGGAUGCCAUAACAUGGAACCUUGCUUUGACCAUCCGAUAGUAGAUGGCAGCUCUGAACUUUUAUAACUAUUGUUCAUUGUAUUGCUGGGAGUAAUUUUUUUUUAUAAUUAGUAUCAAAAAUAAACAAAAAUAUAGAAUACGAUUAUAUCUAUUAUGUUACAAAUUACACUACGAAAUAUGAGAGGUACAAAUAUUUAUAAUAAUAUCUUAAACUAAAUUUAUAUACUUCACUACUUUUAUGAACGAUACCUAUAGUGUGUUAGUUUGUGAUUUAGAAAUAUUAUCAAUUUAAUUGAAUGACUAUUGCAAUGUGUUACGUACUGUAAAAAAUGUAUCUCGUUUAUAUAAAAAAUAUAAACAAACAAUAGUUGCUUGGUUAUAAUAUUAAUUUCAUUUUAUAUUGGAAGUGCUAUAGUAUGUGUUUUAAAUACACAACGAAACGUACUUUUUAUUGACAGUCGACAUACGACGCAAGUUAUUUAUCCCUUUUUGAAGUCUAUAAAGUAAAAAAAACCUUGUUUCUCCAUUUUUUAACAAAAUAAAAGUAUAAAAUAUGGAAAACGACGCUGGAGAAACUGUUGAUUUAUACUGUCCAAGAAAAUGUUCUGCUAGUAAUAGAAUUAUUCACGCUAAAGAUCAUGCUUCGAUCCAACUAACCAUCGCCGAUGUAGACCCAGUAACUGGAAGAAUGACCGAUGGUUCGAAAAGUUACGCUCUUUGUGGAGCUAUCAGAAGAAUGGGAGAAUCAGAUGAUUGUAUCGUAAGGUUAACCAAAAAAGAUGGAAUUCUAGCCAAGAAUUUCUAAUGUCUUAAGACUUUGAUGAAGAAGUUGUUUAUGGAACGAUCUGUAUACUGAUUUCUUCAUUUAAUAAACGUAUUUUUAAAA